CCAGAUUUUACAGUCAUCGGACGGAAAAUCGAAUUCGGAUUUAGGGUUUUCAUUUCUCGGCAAAAUCUCUCUCUCUCUCUCUCUCUGCUCAAACAAAUAAUCGUUUCUUCUGCUCUUCGUAAACCUGUUCACUUUAUUCUUCUACAAUGGCUUCUAGCAACAGUCCUGCGGGGGUUGAUAAUACUUUUAGAAGGAAAUUUGAUCCUGAAGAGUACCGGGAACGAGCCCGUGAACGCGAAAAGCAGGAUGCAGAGCGGUCUAAAUCACGGUCCAAAGGUCCUCCUGUACAGAGACAGCCCUUGAAACAUAGAGAUUAUCAAGUAGACCUUGAAUCUCGAUUGGGCAAAACGCAGGUCGUUACACCAAUAGCACCUCUAAGUCAGCAGGCCGGUUACUUCUGUUCAGUUUGUGAGUGUGUGGUCAAAGAUUCUGCCAACUACUUGGAUCACAUAAAUGGGAAAAAACAUCAAAGGGCAUUGGGUAUGUCUAUGCGGGUUGAGAGGUCAUCACUUCAGCAGGUUCAGGAGCGGUUUGAGGUUUUAAAGAAACGAAAAGCGCCCGGAAGCUUCACUGAACAAGAUCUCGACGAACGUAUACGGAAACAGCAAGAAGAGGAGGAAGAAAGAAGGCGGCAACGUCGGGAAAAGAAGAAAGAGAAGAAGAAAGAGAAGAUAGCGGAAGAGGAACCAGAGAUCGAUCCCGAGGUUGCAGAAAUGAUGGGAUUCGGGGGCUUCGGAUCAACCAAAAAAUCGUGAUCAUCGACCUCUUUCACCUGCAUCGUCAUCAUUGGAUGAUUUCACCUUGCCUAGAAUUUGGUUCCUUUUUUUGUUGUAGUGAAGUAGUUCAUGCAAUGCAAAUGGAAACAUGUAAGAUACUAAAAAUGCACUUUUGUCUGAAUGCAAAGCCCUGCUGAAAAAGCCUCAUGAUGUUAUAUGAUUUGUGGACCUGUCGUUUUGUUUCGCAGUUCA